GUACUGACCGCGCUGUCGGUUCGGACGGUGCGAGCGCGGGAGGAGGGCGCCGCCAGCUCGUGCUGCGUCCCCCCACCCCACCCCACAACCCCGGCCGGGACUCGCCGCCGACGGCCGCGGCUGCCCGGCAUUCCCGCGGGCCCGGGACGAAGAAGCCGCUGGACGCCGCGCUCCGGUCCCGCCCGGCUCCCGAGAUGAGCCCGCGCUGGGGCGCCGGGUUCCUCGCGCUCCUCUUCCUGCUGGCGCAGCUGCCUCCGCCAGGCGAUGGCAACGAGGGUAGCGCCAUCGGGAGUUGUUACUGCCACAAAGCGAUUCCUUCCGGCCCCCCUCCGAUGGCGGAGUUCAUGGCACAUCUCCGAAAACACCUGAGAGCCUACGAUCGCUGUAAUUCCUACGUCAGGUUCCAGCUACACUCCCGGAGUGUGUGUGGGGGCAGCAAAGAUUCGUGGGUUCAACAGUUGAUGAGCUGCUUUGAUCGCAAAGAAUGUGGAUACGCUAACUCUGGGAGUGCAGCCCCCCGGGGACAUUUACCUCCUCCCAGCACCCAGGUUCCUGAGCCCACACAAAGGGCACCUUCAGACAUGGGCUCCCCUGCCCAGACGUACCUGCCAUCCACCUCGCAGUCUACCGUGCAGCCCACGCUUCCAGCUGGGGAACAGGCCUUAGACAAAAAGCUCACCCACGCCAAUGAAAUCACUACAUCCACUGAGGGCCAAGGUCUGGGGGCUGGGCCUGAGGCUGGGGAGAGGCAGAAGCAGCUGGAAGAAAAACCAGGGCCUUCAGCGGGGACCUCAGCCAUGGUGCCCGUGGUGUCCCUCCUGACCAUCGUCUUCAUUCUCACCACCGUCCUCCUGUAUGUGCUCUGCAAGAGGAUGAAGCAUUCACUGCAGGAGUCUCCAGAUUUGCAGCUUCGUUACACACCCGUGGCAUCAGACUCCAACGCCUGAGCUGAGAGUGGGAAACCCGUAAGGGCAGACGCUGUGAUUUAUUCAGCCCCAUAUGCCUUUGAUUAAUACAUCAGAAUAAUCUCUGGCACAUAAUUGGCACUCCAUAGCUAUAUCUGAUGUUUAAUAUACAAACAUCCAGCACUGCCCUCUUGUAGACCCUUCCUGGGUUUUUUUCCUAUGCUGUAAUGUGAAAUCUACCUUUUACUGUAAUACCCUAGACAAAUUAUGUGUUUAAUUACAAAGAUUAUUUUUAUAAUUAUUGACUCUUCUUUCUGCAGACAUUGGCCUCAUGUCCUUGCUCCCUUACCAUGGUUCCUGGCUCCAGCCCCUCCGCUCAGGGUCCCACCGCCCCCUUGUCCCAGUCUGUCUUCACACACCGGCUGUUCCUCCCCUGACUCCCCACUGCAGGCCUGGGCCCUCCCCCUGCUUCCUCCCUCCUCAGCAGGCACCAUGCAGUUUGGUUUUAUUUCCUCAAUCCCCAUAUCACCCACAUAUGUUCCAGUGAGAGUCUGAGCUCCUUGCUUUCGUUGCUGUUGUUUUCAUCAUUAAAACCCCUAGUUCUU